AUGUCGUCUGUAAAGGUCGCUGUGCGGGUUCGUCCCUUCAACGACCGCGAGAAGAACAUGAAUGCAAUUCUUUGCAUCUCUAUGGAGGGGAAAAGCACAACUAUAGAAAACAAAGAUGACGCGAAAAAUCCAAACAGAACUUUUGCCUUCGAUUAUUCAUAUUGGUCACAUGACGGGUUUGAGGUGGACGAAACAGGGUAUUGUAGGCCAAGCAGCACUAAGUAUGCAGACCAGCAUAAGGUGUAUCAAGAUGUGGGUAAAGAUGUGUUGAACAACGCCUUCGAGGGGUAUAAUGCAUGCCUUUUCGCCUACGGCCAAACUGGAGCUGGAAAGAGCUAUUCCAUGGUUGGGUAUGGCGCAAAUAAGGGGAUUAUCGUGCGAGCAUGUGAAGAAAUAUUCCAACGCAUACAACAGAAUACAGAUCCUAGCCUCCAAGCUGAGGUUCUAGUAAGCAUGUUGGAGAUAUACAACGAACAAGUGCAAGACUUGCUUCAACCGAUGGACAAGCGACCCAAAGGAGGACUGAAAAUCCGGCACACUCCUCAGCUAGGCACAUUCGUGCAAGACUUAAGCAAAUGCCCUGUGGACUCGUAUGCAGCAAUUCAAGCCAAAUUAGAUGAAGGCACGGCCAAUCGCACUGUUGGCGCUACGCUGAUGAAUGCCACGUCAUCUCGUGCGCACACGGUUCUGCAAAUCUGCUUCCGCCAAGUCACCGUAGAUCGUAUGGUGGUGCCAUACCGCGACUCUGCGUUGACGCGCAUUCUGCAAACUGCACUUGGAGGAAAUAGUAAAACGUGCAUGAUAGCAGCUCUUUCCCCAGCUUCUGUCAAUUACGAAGAGACUUUAAGCACUCUCCGUUAUGCAGAUAGAGUAAAACAAAUUAAAAAUGAAGCCGUAGUCAACGAGAACCCACUUGAAAAACUUAUUCGAGAGUUACGGGAAGAGAACGAGCGCCUCAAAAAGGCUAUGGGAGGUGCCUUGCCAGCCCCAAGCGGCGGUUCAGAGCCCGACCCGGCUCUGCUAGAGGCUAUGCGAAAACAGUACGAAGAAGAGAUUGAGGCAAAUAAGCGGGCUAUGGAAGAAAUGACAAUGUCGUGGCAACAAAAAAUCGAGGAGGAGAAGAAGAGGGCAGCAGCCGCUGGGAAACUGGAAAAGAACGUCGAGAUGACACUUCCCACUCUACAAAACCUAAACGAAGACCCUUUUCUUACCGGAAAGAUAGUGUGCGUAAUACAAGAAGGAUCGAGCACUUUCGGAAAGGCAGAGGGGGAAGAGGUUCCCACCUUCCGUAUUGGUGGAUUGGGUGUGGUAGCAGGCCAUGCUACUGUGACGUGUCAAAAAAUACAGAACGACGCCGAAGAUCCAGAAGAUGUAUCUUUUUGCGUAACGUUGACGGCAGUAGGGAAGACAAUGGUGAAUGGCAUGGAAAUGCAGGAGGGCGACGAAAGGCAGCUGCAACAUAAGGACAGAAUUCUGUUUGGGCACAACAAUCUGUAUGUGUUUAUGGACCCAUUUGAUAUGGAUAAGUCCAUGCCGUUGUGGGAGGAUGCUAUGAAGGAGGUGAAAAAAGACCAGAUGGGGGCAUACGGACAGCCACAAGAAACUGAGGCAGAUAGAGAAAAGGAUAGAAAAUUUCAAGAGAUGCUGAAAGAGCUAGAGACCGAGAAGAGUUCGUUGGAAACGGAAAGACGCGAACUGCUUAAAAAAUUGGAGCAGAAGGAACAAGAGCUGUUAGCAAGUGGUGAAUCGCAGGAGGUAAUUCAGGAGAAAUUACGAGAACUGGAACAAGAAAAGCAGGAAAUACAGCGGGAGCUGCAGAGUAGACAAGAAGAAUUGACCGCGCGAGAGCUAAGAAUACGAAAGGAACGGGCAGAAGAAGAUGCCAGAAGGGAGGAAGAAAGAGCCGCCAGAAUUGAAUUGGAGGAAAUAAUGACAAAAACUUCCCUUCUUGUUGAUGAAGCAAAUAUGAUUGCACAAGAGCUAGGAGUUGGAGCUUUCUUUUCUCCUAAACUGACAGUUCGCGGAGAUGCGGUAGGGCGGAGUGCUAGAGCAACCCUAGGAGGGACAGUAAUGCAAAGAUCGGAGAUUAUGAUCAGAGUUGAUCGGAUGGACUCGGCCAUAACUCAGCUCUGGUCUCUGGACUUGUUUGAAAGAAAGGUCUUUGAAAUGCGAGAAAUUUAUGCUAAUUGGACACCCGAGCCAGGCCAACCGUUUGCAUUACCGGAUGACGUAGCAGACCCCUUUGCACCGGAUCCAGAAUCAUACCAGGUGGUGGGCCAAGCCUAUGUUUAUCUAGAAACAAUUCGAAGCUUGCUCCCCAUAGAGAAAGAGCAAUUCCCUAUCUUCGACUCCAAAGGACAAAAACGGGGAACUCUUGUUCUAUCAAUCGAUAUUCAAGUCGCUCCAACAAGACCUGAAAUAGAUGGAGAGGACGAGUUGAUGGCUCGCCGCAUCGAAGAUAUUGAUGAUUUCGAUUCCGUGGAAGACCUGAAAGGCCGCGAGCUGACAAUCACUGUCUCUGUGCAUUCUGCAAAUAACUUGCCGGAGAAGUCAUGCCGACAUCCACAGGUCCUAUACCGCUGGCUAGACGGAAUGACAGAAGUGUCUACAGUUUCCCUCGAAGAGGAAAGCAGAGACGUUGUCUUCAACAGUUCGAGAGAGUUCAGCCUGAACGCCAAUGAUGUGGCCUUUGAGUGGCUCUCUGGUGCACUGAUAUUUGAGGUGAGCGGAAAGUUUGUCGACAAGACAGGCAAGGGCAAGGGCGACAAAAGCAGAGAAAUGCACAAACUUGAGGAAGAACUGAAUGAGAAGAAAGCGCUGCUGGAGAAAAUUAAUACGGCACUCAGGAUGCAGGGGAGAUCACUCGACGAAUUGUUACACAAAGCAGGAAUCGAGCAGGCUAGAGGAGAAGACAAAUUGCAUACAAAUGACAUGGGAGGGAGCAUACAUGAAGUUGAAGGCGAGCAAGAAGCACAGGAAAAACUAACCAAUAUCAAUAUUGUUGAACCUCCAGUUGAGAUUCAGGAAGGUGGUAGCAGCAAGCAGGCUUUAUCGGAUGAUGCGGACCAACAUGAGGCUCCAGCAGCCGAAGAACCCGCUGUAUCGGAGGAUGUGGACCAACAUGAGGCUCCAGCAGCAGGAGAACCUGCACUGCCGGAAGAUGUGGACCAACAUGAAGCCCCAGCAGCAGAAGAACCUGAUGUGUCGGAAGGUGCGGACCAACACGAGGCCCAAGCAGCAGAGGCGACAGACCAAGCUUCUGCAUCAAAUGAGGACAGUGCUCUGGUGAGCGACGCUGCUGAUGCAACUGCGAUUGAUGCUGGCGAGGCCGUCGUGGCGGAAGCGGCUGAAUCUGACCCUGCCGAAUCAGCUGAAGCAACAGAACAGAUCCGUCAUGGAGCAGAAACCCCUGAGGAAGGGUCACCAAGAGCACCGGUAGAAACAGCAAGCGACGAAGACGUUGAGUCAGCGUAG